UAUAAUGGUACUUAAAUAUAACUAUUUUUUUUAUGCAAAUGUAUGUCAUAUUUGUAAAAGAUUUGGCAAAGAAAUUUCUUUAAAGAGAUGUGGUAAUUGUAGUAUGAUUUCUUAUUGUUCUAAAGAACAUCAAAAAAUACAUUGGUCACAGCAUAAAGAUUUAUGCAAUGCAAUAUGUAGUGUUUUAAAAGACAAUACAAUGAUUUUAAAUAUUAAACAAAAUAUUGAUUUAAAAACUUGGACUCAAAUGAAAAUGAAUUUUAUGUUACUUGUAGCAAUAAAGCUUGAUAGAAAAUUAGAAUACUAUGAAGAACAAAUGUUCAAAUUUCCCAGAUCCUGUGUUACAUGUCAUGAUCAAAAUAUAAAGAUUCUUCAAAAUUGUUCUAAUUGUCCAAAUAUUAGUUUUUGUAUAAAGCACAAGGAUAAUAUAAUACAUAAAAAAUUUUGUAAUCUUAUAAAGUUGUGCUUUAAUUUAGAUAUAAUCUCAAUAACAUAUAAUAAAAAAAUACCAAGAAUAAAAAUACCACAUCAUACAAAUCAUAUAAAUUUACCUGAGAACAUAAAAAAUUUUAUAGAUUGUUAUAUUGAACCACAAAAAGAUUUACAAAUAUCAAUGGUAGAAGAAACAAUAAUUAAUACAGAAUAUCUUACACGACCUUUAACAUUCCUUUAUGCAAUACAAAAAUUACAAUAUUUUUUGAAAAAUAAUAAUAUCAUUAUUCAUAUUAUUGCAGCCAAUAUGAUAGAUAUCAAUGGUAUAGAACUUUGGGAAAUUCUUUUACAUUGGUUACCAUGCACAACAAUGGCAAAAAUUAUUUUAAUAGGACCUGAAUUAUCUAUAGGUUCUAUAUCAAUGAAUCUAUGUAAAAAUUGUCAAUAUAAUAACAAACAAUUAUCAAUUCAAAUAUGUGAUACACUUUAUGAAAGUUAUGCGAAUAGUGAUUCAUAUAUGAAACCAAAUUUUAUUAUUGGAUAUAAUGCAGGAAUACAUGAAUAUGAAGAUUUUAAAUCUGAAAAUUAUACAUGGAGGCAAUCAUUGAAAAUUAUAGCUAAACAAAACUGUCCAUUAAUUCUAACAUCUUAUACUUUAACAGAAGCAGAAAAAGAACAAAUCAGACUUAAUGAAGUUUUAAAUAAUUAUAUAAAGUGUACAUAUUUUGAACAAAAUCCAUUUUCUAGUUUAAGACCAUAUAGAGAUUUUGAAACUGAAGGAAUAUAUUACCAAAAUCAAUAUAUAAUUAUUUAUAAAAAUUUAAAUAUUUUACAAUAAUUAUGUAAAACUAAUGAAUGUUUUAAUAAUUUUAU